GUAAAAAUGUAUAAGGCAAGGACAGUGUUUAGUACAUUGGCGCCUUUAGCGCCACGAAUGUGUAGGCCUGAAAGAUUUGCAUCAUGGUUGGUUCGAAGCCAUCCCCUGACAAGGAGCACACAGGUGAUAGCUACCGAAUUAAUCAAAAAAUACAGCAAGGUAGCCACAGAACCAUUUCUCAAUGGCAGCUCCAGCUCUUAUGUAGAAGAAAUGUAUAAUGCAUGGCUACAAGAUCCUCAUAGUGUACAUGUGUCUUGGGACUCAUUUUUCCGUAGUACUACUGCUGGAGCUGCACCAGGUCUAGCAUAUCAGGCUCCUCCUUCUCUUGCCCCAAGUCAUAAUCAAGUCCCAUUAGGAGCACUGUUACCACUUGGUGGAGGUACACAAUUGAGCCAAAUACCAAUCAAUGAAAAGGUCAUCGAUGACCACCUGGCUGUUCAAGCUAUUAUUCGUUCUUAUCAGGCUCGAGGUCACUUAGUUGCUGAUCUGGACCCACUGGGUAUCAUGCAAACAGACCUGAUACACACACAUUAUGCAGCCCGCAAGGGGUCUCCAGAACAGGUUCUGCGACAAUAUAUGCUUGAUUCGUGGCCAUCAUAUCGCGAAAUUGGAUCCACUUGGCAUCAACAGCGCUGAUCUUGAUGAUAGGCAUCCACAAGAGUUGCUCUAUAAUCAUUAUUCAUUCGAUUAUUACCGUUCAAUUACUGUUCAAUUACUGUUCAAUUUCUACAGAGGAGUCGGACAUGGAUCGUAUUUUCAAGUUACCAUCUACCACUUUCAUUGGUGGCAAAGAGAAAUCAUUGCCGCUCCGUGAAAUCUUGAAAAGAUUAGAAUCUGCUUACUGCGGUCACAUCGGUGUGGAAUUCAUGUUUAUCAACUCCUUGGAACAAUGCAAUUGGAUUCGACAAAAGAUGGAGACUCCUGGUGUUAUGGAGAUGACGAACGAUGAAAGAAGACUUAUUUUGGCUAGAUUAACUCGUGCAACUGGAUUUGAAGCAUUCCUUGCACGCAAGUGGUCAUCUGAGAAGAGAUUUGGUUUGGAAGGAUGUGAAAUCCUGAUCCCUGCUAUGAAGCAAGUAAUUGAUAAAUCAACUGAAUUAGGAGUUGAAUCCAUUGUCAUGGGUAUGCCCCAUCGUGGCCGUUUAAAUGUCCUUGCUAAUGUUUGCCGCAAGCCUUUGAGUCAAAUAUUUACUCAGUUUGCGGCUCUCGAAGCAGCUGAUGAUGGUUCUGGUGAUGUUAAAUAUCAUUUAGGCACGUACAUUGAGCGCUUAAAUCGAGUAACAAAUAAGAACAUUCGUUUAGCUGUUGUGGCGAAUCCAUCUCAUUUGGAAGCUGUCGAUCCGGUAGUACAAGGGAAAACUCGUGCAGAACAAUUUUACCGUGGUGAUGGCGAAGGCAAAAAGGUCAUGUCUAUUCUUCUGCACGGCGAUGCUGCAUUUUGUGGGCAGGGUAUUGUUUUUGAGACAAUGCACUUGUCAGAUCUGCCAGAUUAUACGACUCAUGGUACUGUCCACAUUGUUGUGAAUAACCAAAUUGGAUUUACUACGGAUCCAAGGCAUUCGCGAUCUUCUCCAUAUUGUACUGACGUUGCAAGAGUAGUGAACGCACCCAUUUUCCACGUUAAUUCGGAUGAUCCUGAGGCAGUGAUGCAUGUUUGUAAAGUUGCUGCAGAAUGGAGAGCAACUUUCCACAAAGAUGUUGUCAUUGAUAUUGUAUCUUAUAGACGAAAUGGUCACAAUGAGAUUGAUGAACCUAUGUUCACACAACCUUUAAUGUAUCGUAAGAUUAAAAAUACUCCACCAGUUCUGGAUAAAUAUGCUAAAAGUCUCAUCGACGAUAGUGUCGUUACUUCUGAAGAAGUUAAGGAUGUUAAAGAUAAAUACGAAAAAAUCUGUGAAGAAGCAUAUACCAAUGCUAGACAAGAAACUCACAUUAAGUAUAAAGAUUGGUUAGAUUCUCCAUGGUCCGGCUUCUUUGAAGGAAAAGACCCUUUGAAAGUAUCUCCUACUGGUAUUAAAGAAGAUACACUCAUUCAUAUUGGAAAGAAGUUUUCGUCGCCACCACCUAACGCGGCUGAAUUUGUAAUUCACAAAGGUAUCGAACGUAUUUUGAAGUCUCGUAUGGAAAUGAUAGAAGCACGAACAGUUGAUUGGGCUCUUGGAGAAGCUAUGGCCUUCGGUUCUUUGCUUAAAGAGGGUAUUCAUGUUAGGUUAUCAGGUCAAGAUGUAGAAAGAGGAACUUUCUCACAUAGACAUCAUGUUCUCCAUCACCAAACCGUGGAUAAGGCUACUUACAGACCACUGUGUUAUCUUUACCCAGAUCAAGCUCCAUAUACCGUGUGCAACAGUUCUUUGUCAGAAUUUGGUGUACUUGGAUUUGAAUUAGGUUACUCUAUGACCAAUCCUAAUGCACUAGUGUGCUGGGAAGCACAAUUUGGUGAUUUUAAUAACACAGCACAAUGCAUAAUUGAUCAAUUUAUCAGCAGUGGUCAAGCUAAAUGGGUACGUCAAUCUGGUCUUGUUAUGCUACAACCUCACGGACUUGAAGGAAUGGGGCCUGAACAUUCCAGUGCUCGCUUAGAACGUUUUUUGCAAAUGUCUGCUGAUGAUCCAGAUUAUUUCCCUCCUGAAAGUGAAGAAUUUGCUGUGCGCCAGUUGCAUGAUAUCAACUGGAUUGUAGCUAAUUGUAGCACACCAGCAAAUUAUUUCCAUAUUCUAAGAAGACAGAUUGCGUUACCAUUUAGGAAACCUCUGAUUUUAAUGACACCAAAGUCACUGCUUCGUCAUCCAGAAGCAAAGUCUAGUUUCGAUUUGAUGCUGGAAAAUACAGAAUUUCUUAGAGUGAUUCCAGAAGAAGGUGCAGCUUCUCAGAAUCCUAAUAAUGUUAAAAGGUUACUUUUUUGUUCUGGCAAAGUUUAUUAUGAUUUGAAGAAAGCACGCGCGGAGAGAAAAUUAGACGACAGAAUCGCUAUUGCCAGAGUCGAACAGAUUUCACCUUUCCCAUACGAUUUAGUCAAGAAAGAAGCUGCAAAGUACGCCAAUGCAGAAUUAGCAUGGGCUCAAGAGGAGCCCAAAAAUCAAGGUGCAUGGACGUACAUUCAACCUAGAUUUCAUACAGCUUUGAAUGGAACUCGCUCUGUAUUCAGCGGAACGACGUCAUACGACAGUAGGGGUAGCGGAGGGUGGUUUAGUGGUUGGUUUUCAUCGACUAAACCAAAGGUUGUGUCCGAGCCACUGUCGGUAGAAUCUAAUAAACUCGAACAGAGAACGUUAAGGUAUGUUGGUCGUCCAACAGCUGCUUCACCCGCAACAGGAAGCAAAAUGCAGCAUCUCAAAGAACUAAAACAAUUAUUUGAUGAUUCUUUCGUCCUUUAAUUAUCCUUCGUAGCACUAUGUAGAAUACAUUUUAUUUAUUUUCUCACAUUACAUCCCCCUCUCCUUCUCUGGAUAUAUAUUUUCAGAGAUCAACACAAGUUGAAAUAAUUUCUUCAUUAUUGAUUCAUUUAGAUGAAUUAACGUACGCACGAAUAUUUUCUUAAUAGUGACAGACUUAGUUAACUUGUUAUCCAGUUUCAAAUUCAUCUUAAAUUAUUCAUUUAAAUUUAAUUUAUAUUUUUUUACGAUGUGUGGCCCAGUCGUAAAAUUAAUAUACUGUCAAACAAUUUUUGACUUUCAUUAAAAGAAUGAUCCAUUAAAAUAUGAAUCCAAUGAGAUGUCUACACUAAUGCAAACAAACGUAUUUGCAAUGAGUAAUUCAUGUAAAUAUAUGCAUUUCAUUCCUAUUUAAUGUUUGAAUGCGGUUCUAUAUAUAUAUAUAUAUAUAU